AUGGAUAUUGAUGUUUGUGGUCCUUCAAUUCCUAAAAUAAUGGGGUUAGAGGGUGAACAGAUCCAUCAAAGUUUGUCAGGAUGGUCGCCAGUUUAUGUACAGGAAAAUUUGGGUGUGAUGUCGAUUGGAUUUAUGUUACCAAAUCCUGAUGAAGCAAUCAUUUGGCGUGGGCCUAAAAAAAACGGUUUGAUAAAACAAUUUUUGAAAGAUGUUGAUUGGGGAGAAUUGGAUUUUUUAUUGAUAGAUACACCUCCUGGUACAUCUGAUGAACACUUGUCAAUUGUUCAAUAUCUUAAAGACAGUGGAAUUGAUGGUGCAAUUAUAAUAACUACACCUCAAGAAGUUGCUUUACAAGAUGUAAGGAAAGAAAUUGAUUUUUGUAAAAAAGUUAAAAUUCCAAUAUUAGGAGUAGUAGAAAAUAUGAGCGGUUUUAUAUGUCCAAAUUGUAAAGAAGAAUCAGUGAUUUUUGCAGCAACAACUGGAGGUGCAAAAAAAAUGGCAGAAGAUAAUGAAAUUCCUUUUUUAGGUUCUAUUCCAUUAGAUCCGAGAAUUGGAAAAUCUUGUGAUAGUGGACUAUCAUUUUUAUAUGAAUAUCCUGAUUCAUCAGCCAGUAAAGCUUAUUUAAAAAUCAUUGAAGGUACUCUUGGAUUAAAUUUUAUAGUUAUAGUUGUCACUAAUAUUUGA